AUGGAGAUCGAUCCGCCUGUUCGUCCAGUUAGGAGAGUGGAUUACUUGAGCUUGCUAGCUCACAUCUCCAAGCUGGGUACGAAGCAGUUUGCUGGUAGUUCCGAUCCCAUUGAGGCAGACGAGUGGAGGAGCAGGUUAGCUCGAAACUUCAGUUCAACUCGUUGUCCGGAGGAGUACAAGAAAGACAUUGCAGUUCACUUCCUGGAAGGUGAUGCACACAACUGGUGGUUGGCAUUGGACAAACGCACCAAUGGGACUAUUGAGCGUUUUUCAGACUUUGAGGUUGAGUUCAACCACAAGUACUUUCCAUCUGAAGCGUGGGACCGCCUGGAGUCUCACUUCCUGGAUUUGUCCCAGGGACGCAUGACAGUACGUGAGUAUGAGGAGAAGUUCAACCGGCUCAGACGUUACGUAGGUAAAGAGCUGGAAGAGGAGACAGUGCAAAUACGUAGGUUUGUCCGAGGCCUAAGGGUCGAACUUCGGACCUACAGCUCGGUUGGACACUUUCAGACAGUGUCUGAACUCGUAGAGAGAAUGGCUAUGGUAGAGACCAACCUGGCCGAGGAGGCUAAGCAAAGGCGUCAUGGAGGCGAAUGCUGGAAGGCUAUGGGAGCUUGUACUCGGUGUGGCAAGAUGGAUCAUGCCGCUCGUGACUGUCCAGGGCCGAAACAAGGCCGCAGGCAGGGCUCAAGUGGGGGUGAUACCAGGGGAUGUCACCAUUGUGGAAAGGAAGGACAUUUCAAACGGGAAUGCCCAAAGCUCCAAGCGGAACAAGAUAAGGGCCGCGGUGAGGAAAGCAACCAGAGCCGGGGCCAGACCUCUAACCCAAGGGUUUACGAGCUGUCCAAGGAUGAGGACGAGACUAAACCAUUCAAGUCGAUCACUGGGUUGAUCGGAAAGGGUUUGUUCCAAAUUGGGACGAGGGAUGAUCCGUGCAUAGUAUAUGCAGCCGGUGGCCAAGCGAUGCAUUCCUUGGGACUGGUUAGGGACGUCCCAGUGAUGAUCCAGGACAGGGUAAUGCCUGUGGAUCUGGUGGUGGUCCCCCUUAAAAAUCACGAGGUGAUAUUGGGUAUGGACUGGCUUGGAAAGAAUCGGGCCACCUUGGAUUGUCACCAGGGAAGGGUGCAGUUCCAGAGUGGGUGUGGACCGCCGCGCAGGUUCCAAGGUAUUAAGCCGGCCUCAAGUUCUUAG